GGUUUCCUCCCCCGUUCCCCUCUUCCUCUCCUCCUCCCGGUGGAGUGCCCCAACCCCAAUCCUCCUCUUCUUCCUCCCUCCCCCCUCAACCCUACUCCGACGCGACACCGCGGCCGCGGAGCAAACGAAAACUAAAAAAGAAAGCGGGGGGAGAUCGCGACCGGAUAAACGCUUGCGCCCGCCCCGAUUCGAUUCCCCUCGCGGGGGGCCGGAUUGGAUUGGAUCCUCGGAUCCCCCCCCGCGCGGAGGCCAAUUCGGGGCCCAGAUCCCCGCGAUUCCGGCGGCGGGGGAUGAGAGGCCGGAGGGCAUGCCUGUGGUCGCCCCUGGCGCGGCAGGAGUGAGGCGGCGCCUGCACCACCGGCGGCGGGACAGCCUGUGCUUGAGGCCGUCCAGGAGGGGGUGGCGGUGGGCGAUCCAAGGCCCGAGGCGGCGGUGCCAUGUCUCGCUGCUACCCGUUUCCGCCACCAGGAUAUGAGAAGACCGCGCCCCCCGACGCCCAGCUAGCCUCCAACCUGCAGCAGCUCGACAAGGAGAAACACAAAGAGAAGAAGCAUAAGAAGGACAAGGAUAAAAAAGAAGGUAAAGAAAGGAAGGAUAAAGAUAGGAGUAAGGAUAAGCAUAAAGAUAAGAAGGAUCGAAAAGAAAAACACAAAGACAAGAAAAAAGACAAGAGCAAAGAUAAAAGCAAGGAAUCAGUAGAAGGAAUUGAAAGACAUGAUGAGACUCUCCAUAAUCAGAAGGUCGGAGAGAGCAGCAGGAAAUCUGAAGAAAAUAAGGAUAUUAAGUCCAGGGAGGAUUUGGUCAGAAAGAUACCAGAUGAGAAAGGGGCAGCGAGUCGUCCUAUUGAAAAUUAUGCUGUUUCAAAUGAUAGAAGUCGUGGAGGCUUCAGUGCAUCUCCUGCAAUUGAGAAUGAAAGAUCUGCAGUUAAUAAAAUGCAUAUUCAAUCUAGUAAUGCUUCAAGGAAAAAUGAGGGAUUGGGGCAGCAGAACAUCAACCAUCAGAGGAAUGGGACAUCUGUACGACAUUCAGAAAACUUCACUACUUCAGCUCAAAGAACUGCUGCUGGUUUUACACCAGCACCUACGAUGGAGGAAAGAGUCAAAGCUGGAAGGCCUCCCUCCAAUACUGAAGUCACACCCAGAAAAGAGGGGAUUGGACAGCGAAUCAGUAACAUUAGCAUAUUGGUUCGGAAGAGAACUGAGACUGCAAGCCAAGAUGUUGCAAAGCAAGAAGUUGGCACCGCCUCUCCAUUGCUUCCAAAUCAUGCUAAUACUAUGCAUAAGGGAAAUGGCAAGGUUGCUAGGCCAACGGAGCACACCACAACAUCUAUUCAGAGAUUUGACAGUCCAUCUACAUCCAAUGCAGGAGCGGGGAUAGAUAGAGGAAUUCCUAGGUCAAGUAUCCCAAGCCCAAGCAUUACAAUUCGGAGGCCAAAUGGAAUGGUGCAAUCACCUGAAAACCUUUCUGUCUCUGCUAAUAAGCCUGAUGCGGGAGGUCUUUCACCUGCUAUGUGGAAGGAAAAGGAACACGGUGGAAGGCUACCGCAGGCUAAAAUUUCAGCUGAUCAGAAACUUGUUAUGUCGAAACCUCCAGCUAUGGACAAAGCUGCAGAUGGAAGAGGUGAAAGGAUGGAGAAGGUCAGAGAUGGGGCACCUGAUGCUGCCAAGAAAGAGGACAAGAAGAGUGAUCGGCACGAGAAAAAGAAAAGGAAAGAGAAAGAUAAACACAAAGAGAAGAAAAAGGAGAAAGAGGCAAAGAAGGAGAAAGCAGAACAUAAUCACAAAGAGCAAGAUAAGCUAAGAGAGAACAAUAUAAAUUAUCCGAUAGAUAGUCUUCACUCGAAGCCCUCGGGCCCUCCUUCAGCCCCACCAGCUGAUGGAAAAUCUGUUGUGCCUGAUGAGAAGAAGCGAAAGAAUCAUGAGACGAAUGGUUACUUACAAAACGUUCAUGAUAUGCGGCCUACAAAGUUGCCGAGACCAGCCCUCCCGAACAAUCGUGUGGAGAAUGGUACAGCAUCUCAUGUAGCCGCGCCACUCUCUUCUGUGAAGCCAGAAGCCCUAAAUAUUGAAAAGGCUGAAAGGCUCCAUAAGAAGGAAGAGAAGUUCAAUGGCAACAAACAGGCUCAGCAGCAAUCUGCAGCUUCAGUCGAUCCAGUGGCUGCUUAUGAGAAUGGCACACCUUCUAGGAAGUCACCUCACCCUGACUGCAAGUAUCUUAGCCAGAUAUACAGCAUUCCUGAAGCACCUCAAAUGAUGGAAUGGCCUGAGCAUGAAGGUGAGGACUGGCUCUUCGACCAAGGUAGCAGCAGCCAGUCAAAGAAGGCCAGUUCAGAGGCUGAUGGAGCACCCAAAGUGUGGGCUGAGGCUCUGAAAAUUGACCCUGCCGAUGUCAUUGCUUUACCAUAUGUCAUCCCAUAUUAGGUUGCUGAGUAUCGAUCCUCUGAAGCUGAAACAUCAAAGAUCUACAUCAACUCUGCUUGUUUCUGCCAGCGCUCUUGCUACAACUUGUGUAGCUUGGCCUGCUGGGAUGUUUCAUACAUUCACAGGUAGCUGUUGUCAUAACUGCAUGCACCCUUCUAGUUGGGUGCCUAGCUCGCAGCACUUGUGUGAGUCGACGCAGGCAGGGUAGUAGACCGACUGAGUGCCUGCGUGGAGAAACAGACAGUGUUGGUUGCCAAGAGGCUGGAUUCUGUAACGAAGUGGCUAGCUGUUAUUGCUGCACAAUUUUGAUCUGUAAGGUGUAAAAGAAUUUUAAUACCAAAUGUACAUUAGAGAGGGGGGCUGAGGAGAGGGAAGACUUGAUAUUCUUCAUUGAUAGUAGUUGGAUGGAUUUGAGCUGCCGCCGCCUGAGAAAGAUGUGCUUCCGCUUGAUUUAUUGAAACACCUCACCUUGACCUGUCUUUUGUAUAUAACUCUAGUUUGCAUAGAUGCUGAUGGGGGUGGCUUACCUGAGGUUGUAACUUUACUUAUUGAUCGGCAUUUGUUGUUAAAGAGUCAAUAUCAUUAGUGAAUUUUGAAUUAGUAUGUCA